AUGGCAAAUCUCGACCAAUGGAAGCAACUACUCGCCAUGUCCACCAAAGUCACCGAAACCGAGAACAGCGAAAAUUUCCAGAAAGAUUUGAAGGAUAUGCAGGCGGCAACCGAUGCCAUGAAGGGAAAUAAGGCGGAGAACAUGCAAUUCCUGGAAUUGGCGAUGCGAGAGGCUGUCGGUGGUCAAGAGGGUCCGUGCCUCUUCACACAAUUCUUCUUGCUGGGCGGCGACGAUCCGGAGACUUUGGUGGAUUCGCCUGCCAAAAUUGCUGCUGCCAAGGAGCUCGCCGACCAACUCGAGGACUAUCUUCUUCUCGGAAACUUUGCCGAGCAAUUCCAGCAAGCCAGCGGGCUGAAGGCGUUGGCCAACUUGACGUGCUCCAAAAACGAGGAAAUCCGCCUACUGUACCUUCGCCUGGUCCCCCAACUCGCCGAGAAUCGUCUCGCAUUCCAAGAAAUGCUCGUUGAUUCUCCAGUCUUUGAGAAGUAUCUCCAGAUGCUCGACGACUACAAAACCAUGAAGCCAGCCAUCCUUCUCGCCCUUCUUUCAGCCAUUUCAGCCAUUAUCAGAGGCUCCAAACCCGCGUUUUUGAAGUUCCACAAGGCCAGAGGAACUGAUAAGGUGCUGACGAUUGUGAAGCUCGUCGAGGAUGAUAAGUGCGCCGUUCGUGCCGCCUAUCUGCUUUGGAGCAUCAAUGAGAGCCUUUCGGACGCCGACUUGGGCUACACUGGUCGCUACCCCGAGGAGAAUGACGUCACCGAGGAGGAGUACUCCGACGAAGAAGCGCUCUACAGAGAAUUCAAAAAUUCAUCGAAUUUAAAGAAAUCGACGACGCAGAAGAAACGCAAAACGAUUUCCAACAGAAUCAAGUCCAAAAAGCCGAUUGGCAAGGAUUUCAAACCACUUGUGGAGCUUCGAAAUGUGCUCUUCAGCGCGUAUUUGGCACUGAAGGACCGGAUUCCACAGAUGGAAAUGGAGAGAGAGGAGGUUGGAGAGGAGGAUUUCGAUGAGGCGGUUUAUGAGUUCGCGCAGGAGACGUUCCAGAAGAUUCGCUCCAUCCUCCUCCGCGUCGACCAUCACGACGUCCUCGACAAAACCAAGACCCUGAUGGCCGAUUUCCUGAAGACGUCGAAUCGCGCCAAGAAGCAACGAGGAAGAAAAGUGAAGCUGACUGCGGACCCCGUCGCCAAGAGAUUCGACAUUCGUCAGUGGUACUCGAGGGAUGAGAUGUUCGAAAUUUUCAAGGCCAGCGACAAGGAUAUUAAGAAUCUGACCGAUGCGGUGAAGAAAGUUCAAUUGAAGAAGUAG